CUAAAGCACCUGGAGCACACCCAACAGAACACUCCCGUCUGCCUCCCUGCUGCCGGCAAUGGCCUGGUGGCACCUGGCCCUCCUUCUGAUUGGAGACCUACUGGCAGUCUCUCAGCCAGCUCUGACCCAGCCAGAUGCACAGUUGGUCUUCCCAGGCCAAGUGGCCCAACUCUCCUGUAUGAUCAGCCCUCGCCAUGCCACCAUUGGGGACCACGGAGUGUCUUGGUACCAGCAGCGAGCAGGGAGCGCCCCCCGCUAUCUCCUCUACUACCGUUCAGAAGAGGAUCACCACCGCUCCCCAGACAUCCCGGAUCGUUUCUCAGCAGCCACAGAUGCAGCCCACAAUACCGGCAUCCUGAUCAUCAGCCCUGUGCAGCCAGAGGAUGAUGCAGACUAUUACUGCUCUGUGGGCUACCUACCUUAGGGGUGGGGUGUGGGAUGAAUGCCUCCUGUCUGUCUCCCACUUCUGUCCUCGACCUUAGGCCCCUCUCUAACUUUCUCUGAGCCUUGAUGUUCCUCCUCUGUAAAAUGGACUAAUAAUAUCUGGCAUGUCAACAAUGACUAUUCUAAGGGCCAUGA